AAAGGAUGUGGAUAACUUUAAUUUAUACUUUGUCGUGCCACCGGACAGUUUUGGAACAUUUCCACUGCAAAAAUACAAGUCAGCUAAAGGCGAAGAUUCUAAGAAAAUUCCGAAAUGGAUUAACAAUAUAACCCAAUAUGCGCUAGAGAUCAACUUGGGAAUUAGUAAUAAAAGUGCAAAAAAACGAUCUAGUGAUGCGAUAUCGGGAGAUGAUGACAAUGAGGAAGCAUCGAGGAAGAAAAUAGAUAAUAAAGGCAUAAAAAAACGAAAAAUGGAAAAGAGUGAAGACGACGAAAUUGGGGAAACGUCAGGGAGCAACGUGACUUCAAGGAAGCGUAAUUUGAGAUCAAGUAAAGUGACAGACAAUGAAAGGGAUGAUACGUCAAAGAGUGAAGUCGUGAAAAAACGGAAAACGAAAAAGAUUGAUGCGAUUGUAAAGGAUGAAAGUAGUGAGACGUCAAAGAAAGGAAAGAAUAAGAAGGACGUGAAAAAACGAAAAAAGAACCUCAAGACCAAAAACACUGAGCUUAAAGCCGAAGUAGCGAAAUUAAGACAUGAUAUUGAGGAAAUCAAAAAGAAAGAUCAAACCAUUACUAAUACACAGGAUGCAUUUUCUACAGAAGAGAUUUCGUCUACUUCAUCUGAUAAUGUAUCAAAUUCUAAUGAACUUAAUAAUAUUUCAAAUUCUGAUGCUUUGCCUCAUCAAAAUCCAGACUUAUCUUCGGACAACAAUAUAUCUAAUUUAUCUUGUGGCUCAAAAACUGCCUCCUUAGAGAGGGAUGAGCAAAUUCAUGUAAUUUUAGCAGAGUCAGAUUUUCUAGAAACUGAAAUAUCUAAAUUGGAACAAGACAAUAGCGCAAUAAAUGACAACCCAAGUCGUAAUCAGGCACAAAGUAUCAUUUCUUCUGAAAUAAAUAUUAUGACCGAGCAUCAACCGUGCGACCCGGGGUCUCACCCUCAUGUGACUGAAACUAAAAACGAUUCAAUUCAGAAGGAUAGCCGAAUUGAGAUGCAAAAAUUUAUACAAGAAUUAUAUUUGGAACCCGUAUCAGAGGAAUCAAUUGAA